AGAGCGGACGCGCGCCGCGGCGGCGGCGGCGGCGGCGGCGGCGGCGAGGACGGCGGCGACGGCAGGGGCCGAGGGGGCGGUCGCUACGAGGCGGGUGCGGAGCGGGCGGAAGAGGGUCUGUGCGGGCGGUGAGGUCGCAGAGGAACAUCGUGGGGAUCAACGACUAUCAUCUGUUCUACAAGAUGAGUAACAGCCACCCUCUUCGCCCCUUUACUGCAGUGGGGGAAAUUGAUCAUGUGCACAUUUUGUCUGAACAUAUUGGUGCCUUGUUGAUUGGGGAAGAAUAUGGCGACGUAACAUUUGUUGUGGAAAAGAAACGUUUUCCUGCCCACAGGGUAAUUUUAGCAGCAAGGUGCCAAUAUUUUCGAGCAUUACUGUAUGGUGGAAUGCGAGAAUCUCAGCCUGAAGCCGAAAUCCCUCUCCAAGACACCACUGCAGAAGCAUUCACAAUGCUACUUAAAUACAUCUACACUGGGCGGGCAACGCUGACAGAUGAGAAGGAGGAGGUGCUGCUGGACUUUUUGAGCCUGGCUCAUAAAUAUGGAUUUCCAGAGCUGGAGGAUUCUACCUCUGAGUACCUCUGCACCAUACUUAACAUUCAGAAUGUCUGUAUGACUUUUGAUGUUGCCAGUCUCUACUCCCUUCCCAAGUUAACGUCCAUGUGCUGCAUGUUUAUGGACAGAAAUGCUCAGGAGGUGCUCUCAAGCGAAGGCUUCCUCUCCCUUUCUAAGGCAGCACUUUUAAACAUCGUAUUAAGAGAUUCAUUUGCCGCUCCCGAAAAAGAUAUCUUCCUAGCCUUGUUAAACUGGUGUAAGCAUAAUUCAAAGGAGAAUCAUGCUGAAAUCAUGCAGGCUGUCCGUUUGCCUCUGAUGAGCCUCACUGAACUUCUGAAUGUCGUGAGGCCUUCGGGACUAUUGUCUCCUGAUGCCAUUCUGGAUGCUAUUAAAGUUCGAUCAGAGAGCCGGGACAUGGACCUCAAUUACAGAGGCAUGCUUAUACCAGAAGAAAACAUUGCAACUAUGAAAUAUGGAGCCCAGGUGGUAAAAGGGGAGCUGAAGUCUGCCUUAUUAGAUGGUGACACUCAAAAUUAUGAUUUGGAUCAUGGAUUUUCUAGGCACCCAAUUGAUGAUGACUGCCGUUCUGGCAUCGAGAUUAAGCUAGGUCAGCCGUCCAUUAUCAAUCAUAUACGGAUACUCCUGUGGGACCGAGAUAGCCGGUCUUAUUCAUACUUCAUUGAAGUCUCAAUGGAUGAACUUGAUUGGAUCAGAGUGAUUGAUCAUUCGCAAUAUCUGUGUCGUUCUUGGCAGAAGCUGUAUUUUCCAGCCCGUGUCUGCAGGUAUAUUCGAAUAGUUGGGACUCACAACACAGUGAAUAAGAUUUUUCACAUUGUGGCUUUUGAAUGUAUGUUUACAAACAAAACCUUCACUCUGGAGAAGGGGCUAUUAGUUCCCAUGGAGAACGUUGCAACAAUUGCUGAUUGUGCCAGCGUGAUUGAAGGAGUCAGUCGGAGCCGAAAUGCCUUGCUGAAUGGGGACACUAAGAACUAUGAUUGGGAUUCUGGCUAUACAUGUCAUCAGCUAGGAAGUGGUGCAAUUGUGGUUCAACUGGCACAGCCAUACAUGAUUGGGUCAAUACGGUUAUUACUGUGGGACUGUGACGAUCGGAGCUAUAGCUACUACGUCGAGGUUUCCACCAACCAGCAGCAGUGGACCAUGGUAGCCGACAGAACUAAAGUCACCUGCAAGUCCUGGCAAUCAGUAACUUUUGAAAGACGGCCGGCCUCCUUCAUUCGAAUCGUUGGAACACACAACACAGCAAAUGAGGUGUUCCACUGCGUCCACUUUGAGUGUCCCGAGCAGCAGAGCAACCAGAAGGAGGAAAACAGCGAGCAGUCGGGGACAGGGGACACUAGCCCAGCCAGUCAGCAGCCCGACCCCCACGCCCUGCAGGCCCCCAGCGGCAACUCACUGCACUCCAGUCCAGGCUCCAACUCGUACUCAGCCAACCGGCAGCACCAAUAAAGGAGGCGCACGUGUGGAGUGACUCGGCUGGGCCCAGGUGGCACAGGAGCCGUGUCCUCCCCGAGCAGGGAUGCCUGUGGACGCCUCGCCCCGCCACCCCCGCCCCACGAGGAACAGACCUGGCUGCAGAAACACACAGGACAGGUUUCCUCCCAAGGACACAAAGGGGCUGCUUUGUUCUCCUCAGUUUGUUCAAAUCAGGCUGGUCUCCAGGGGGAGAAAGUGGGUCUUCAAUCUUCAUCAAGUCCAUUAACACCCUACCUCUCUAAUCUAACCCUGCAAAGACCACAGAAGGAAGUAAUAGGCCUGAGUCGGAAUACAAAGAUGGCACAUGAACACAGGAAUGGAAGAGAAUGUAUUAGGCCUUCCUUACCUGGAGGCAAGGCACCCUGUAGGAAAUGGGUUUCCUUAGAGUGUUUACUUUUAUGGAACACAUUGCCCUGGCAACUAAAUAAUUUUUUAUUUCUUUUAGUUAUUCUCCAUUUGCUGAAUCAUAGGUUUUCCAGAUCUUUAUGAAAGGUUCAAACAGCAAAUCACUUGUUUUAAUCCCUUUUGACGCUGUAAUUUUCCUUCCUUAGUUUUGAACGGUUGAGCGUGGGGUAGAGCUGAGAAAUAUCAUGCGCAUCUCCUAAAUGAGGCACAGAUGCAGCUCAUCAUGGCACCUGGUCUGACAAGGAAAAUCCUUUGAGGAAGAUCAACAAAAUACACAAGGAGCAGAUUAAUCUGUGGACACUGGAGUUAAUAAUCACUCGACUUGCCAAGUUAUUAACCUGUCAUUCCUGAAACGUAUCCAGCCUUUAAGCUUGGGAGGCUGACAAGGAAACAGUGAUUAUGCCACCAGCUAAUUUAAUGUUCAGAAGUAUGUAUGAGUGUAUACCAACUUCCGGUUGGGCUGGACCUGUCCUCCAUUUGCCACAGGUUAGUGAGCGGUGUGGAGGCAGCCGUCCUGCCAGUCGGUGUCGGGAAUGCAAAAGUGGGCCUUUCCCGCGUGGUGGUGAUCGGUGGUUGCUGUUUUUCCCCCAGACCAUAAUACUCAGCCAGGGAUUGGGAAAAAAAAAUCAGUUCUAAGAAGCUUUCCUUUUAAUCCUCAUUGAAACGAUCUCAUCUGACAGUUGUCGCUUGGUCUGGCUCUGUGUGUCUGAGUAAUUUCCAUCCCACCGCUAACUGCCCUGCGUAACUUGAUCAGAUUGUGUCCGGUUUUUGCUCAUCCCCCGAUUCUUCCGUUGGCUGGCUGUCACGAUCAGGUCCUCUGUGCAUCCUGCUUGGAGGAGGGGUGGGGCCGACGGGGGGGUCCUUUCUGUCUUAAAGACACAUUGGUCGUGGGUGUACAAAGAGCCAGUGGGUCAGCUGUUUCCUCCUAGUGUGAUGUAGUUGUGAUUUAUCAGUAUUGGAAUAGUAGGGUAGCUUCAAGCUGCAUGAUUAAACGGGAAGGUUGUCUUUCUGCUAGUCUCCCUCGGUGCCCUCGACUCUGAUCUCUGUCUGCGUCCCCCUGCGUGGGGUGAGUGGAACGCUCUGAGGGGAACAGCUUUUCACAAUGGGAGGGGCUCUGGUAACAAAUAGCGGUGCCGCUCGCUUGCUUGCCACGGGUGGCUGGCCGUGCUCUGUGGCUGGCGCUGCGUCCCUCAGCAUCCAGCCCCUUCUCCAGUUAGAGCUGAGGAUGCCUGACAACUCAGCACUUCCUCCAGCGGUGCAUUCACUGCCCACAGGGGAGGCAGGAGGAGCAGGGAAGUCAGAAGAGGGCAGCGUUCAAAUGUUUUGCAAGUAUCAUCCAUUCAAGGGCUUCUUCUCAAACUCUGAAGUCACCUGUCCAGAGAGGAAUCACUGCUGACCCGGGGAAGUGUGGGGUGGGUUGGGGGAGGGUCUGGAGCCCUUCAGUACCCUUCUCCAUCCAGGCACAGGUAACGAAAUGCGUCCUGGACACUCAGCUUCACACCUGAAGAGGCAUGAACUGUGCCCUGCAUGGCCAGUGGCUCACCCUCUGUUUCCUGUCCUCUGUGAAUUCUCUUUGGUGUUCGUUCCUUCCAGAUCUCUGCCCUGAGGUCUGGAGAGAAUAAAGCUUGUCUCUCUCCUGCUCCUCCAGCACUUCAGACACGCCUUGUUUUCAGAUAAAGGGAAAGGGGACUGAGAGGCAGUGCUGAGGGCGGGCGGGACUGAGGCCAGCUCUGUGCAGCCGUAUCGCCGUCCCCUAGCCCCGCAGCUGCCUCCCCUGAGGCCCCCUGAUGGUCUAGAGGCCUUGCUUGGAUGCAAGCCUGCUCUGGACCCCAGCAGACACUGAUGAAGCUCAGCAAAGCCUGCUCUGGUCGGCCUCCUGUUACCAGGCAGGGGCUCUGCCUUCCUUGAUGAGCCUUGUGGUUUGGGGAAUGGGGGCUCUUUCUGUACGCCUGGCUGGAGGGGCCUGGACACCCCAGUCGAGGUGCGACACACCAGACGCGUUGCCAGGGAAGGAGGGAUGAGUGGGCAGCCAAGAAAAAGUCCCCAGGUGCCUGGCAUUCUCCAGAGCCCUGGCUGGUCCCACAGGGGACUUACCCCCGCCAUGAGCCAGCAGGACCAAGAUGGCCCCCAAACUUGGGGAGAGACCAAUAGAGCUAAACGGGAGUGCUGAUGAGACCCAGCUCUAAGGAGCCCAAUGCCCGCGGAGCCGUCAGCCCAGCACAGGGUGGAGGCUGAUUCCCUGGGAGCUGUGGGACACCAGGCAGCAGGCUUGGCCAAGCUGUGCGGGGGGCAGCGGCAGAUGAGGGCCCGUGGCUCCCCCCCAGCCCCAGAGGAUGCAGUCCCACGGCGUCUGCUUUGAGGAGGUCUGGUGAGGUGGACAGAGGGGUGCUUGUGGCCUCUGGCCCUUUAUUGUGAAACACCACCUUUGUAACCACUACCCAGGUCUAGAGAUUGAGCAUGCAGAACCUCCUGCCCUUCAUUUUAGGUCAUGCUUUGUGGGGGAGUAAAAUGCACUUUGUUGGGGCUUUGGCGAAAGCCUUCAACGUCACCUUCUGGUGCCUCCUUGGAGGGCCGGUGCUGAGCACGGCGGGCAGGGCGGGGUGUGUGCUCGUGGCGCCCCAGUCAAGGCGGGCUUAAAGGCGGGGGCUGCUGCAAAGCACUCUGAACGUGAAACAGGUAUAACAGCAUCACACACGCAAACACGUUUUCCCAUAUUCUCAGUGCUUUUUCCGUUUUUCUUCUGAUUCUAGUUAGAACCAUGAGCCCAUGAUGGAUGUGGGACUCUUCUCAAUUGCUCUUUGUCACUUCUUUAAUCUUAGUAAAUGAAGUGUUGAUUCCUGACAAAUACAUUAAAAGUGUUUUAUUCCUAGAAGAGUUGGGAAAAGAAAAUUAUUUUCAGCAAGAGUGGGAUGUGUUUGUUAGACUAAUUCCUUGGCCAAGAAAAAAGUAGCUUUUGAAUUGUGCAGAAAUUGCUCAGUAGUUAUGCUGUCGCCCCAAUUGUCAAACCGCUGUGCAGACAGUGCCGACCCAGUCAACUUCACCUUUUUUUAAUUCAGAAGAUAACAAAAUUGUAAUCACUUAUCCUUUCUAGAGCCACGGGGAAAAAAGGAAGGUCUAAUCUGUGAUAAAAAGCAGAGCAUCCUGUGUGCUGAGGCCAUUUGAUAAUAAAGAAAGGGAGCGUUCCCCAUUGUGGGCUUCAAUUAAGAACCUCCCUUUGGACAGAGAAGAAGGGUGUCAAAGAAGGAAAAGAAAAUUAAAUGUGUCUCCUUCUAAGAGGUUUUUCCUCAUUA